AUGAAGGGCGCCCUGGGUAGAUGGCUAACAGGCACGACACGUACCCCAUUCCCAGCGACUAAUGACACCGAGCAUCCGUUUAGCAGCCGCAGCAGCGCCGAAAAUAAUAAUAAUUCUGGCGCUGGUUCUGACCUCGCCGCUGCCGCUGCUCCUACACCAACUUCCUCACAUUCCCUCACCUCGCCGUCACCUUCACCACAACCCGCAACUCCGGACGACCAAUUUAAUUUUCCCGGUCGCAAUAACUAUUUCGCUUCCGCUUCCGAUUCCACCGGCGCAUCUGCAUUUGCAUCUCUUACCGCAUCUGGAUCUGCAUCCCCUCUCUCCCUCUCCCUCUCCGCAUCUAAACCAAUAGAUAUCGCGAAUAAUAACCCAAAGAUUCGCAACUCCAAUUCCGCCUCGCCGCCUUCAGGCCAACCCAACCCGACCGAACCGGACUGGCUUCAAGUUAACGUCGACGGUGACCUCGACCUCGAAAUGACAACAGGUCCUGCGCUCGACUCGGCCGUGAGCCGUAGUCGCCAGGACUCCUUCGUCAGCGCUGGACCCAAGCCUAUCUCCAUGAUCAACCCGAAUCGCGAACAGGCUAAUCGCGGGAGACGGGAGAGCUUGGCCGGCAGUUUGAUGAACGGUAUGAGCUGGGGCGGAGUCUCAGUCGGGAGCUUCAUUAGAGAUGACCUCGUAAUGACAGGCACAUCGCCGUUUACCGGUGCUCAUCAAUCGCCCUCAUUCCACUCUAACUCAUACAUCCCCAAGAUGGAGGCCGAGUAUCUGCGCAACUUCAUAUGUUGCGAUUUGAAGUUGGACACGAUGCACGAUCUACUUCGCCACUAUGAGACGGUCCACACGGGCCAGAAUGCUCAGCCGAACCGGAAUGGGUCCGGUAUCCCGAUGCCCCAUAGGCUUUCGGUUAGUAGCCGGCCGUCUAUGUCGAUGGGAGCUGGACGACAAGACUCGCAAGGCUUUCAACAUCAGUCGCAGAUGGGAUCGAGUCAAAGGUUCGGAAAUAUAGGUAGCAGCAACCUCAGCCCCGGAAUGGGUUUCGGUGGAAUCCAGAUGGGAAGACAGUCUUCGGCCAUGGACUCCAACGCCCAAAAGCGAUCACAGCAGCUGAACCGAAUGCAAUCCAACGAUGAGAUGGAUGCUGUUGGUGACAUGGAAAUGGAUGACACUGUCGGUAUGAUGGAAAUGGACGAUAACCAACGGACUAUCCAACAGACUCGACAAAUGUUCGGGCAGCAACAGAGACCUCAGCUACAAUUGACCACCCCGGGGCUACAACACCAAGCUCUCCGAACUUCGCAGCCGUCUACACCCGGUGCUAAUAACUUUGGCUUCCAGAACAAUCCUACAGUCUCAUCAGUCAACACUCCCACCUUGACAACGCAACAAGCCGCAUUGGGGCAACAAAUGAGUGGAAAUAAGGAUGGGAUGGGGGAUAUGGACUUCUCUUCGCUCAAUAACCUAAACCUCAACAACAUAGGAGAUUUUAAUAAUUCUAAUCUCUCCGAAUUUUUCAUUGACGAUCCGGCCAAGAGGCUCUACAGCCCGAACGGUGGACCGGCAAGCCAGAGAGCGUUACAGCAGCAGAUGGCUCAAUUUGGACUCGAUGCAAGUCAGUUUGGUAAUAUCACGGAUCCUAACCAUUUGGCGGCGCUGCAGCGUGCGAUCGCAAACCCUGGCUCCUUGGUAAUACCGCCGGAGGAGGACAAACCCUUCAAGUGUCCAGUCAUCGGAUGCGAGAAAGCUUACAAGAAUCAGAACGGCUUGAAGUACCACAAACAACAUGGUCAUCAAAAUCAACAGCUCCAUGAGAACGGAGACGGCUCAUUCUCCAUCGUUAAUCCCGAGACAUCUGCGCCUUAUCCGGGCGAGACGGGUAUGGAGAAGGAGAAGCCACACAAGUGCGAAUAUUGUCACAAGCGCUACAAGAAUUUGAACGGUCUUAAAUACCAUAAGCAACAUUCGUCUGCCUGCGAGAUCCAAGCCCAAGCGGCUAACAUCCGAGCCAACCUUGCAGCCAACAACCAGAUGUCCUUUAACAUGGGUAACAUCAGCCACGGACUUCCCGGAAUUGGUGAAGAGAUGCAGUUAUAG